UUCGUCAUGGUCGAACCAAACAAGAACCUGCUUCUCGGUGUCGCUAUCAUGGUUGGCUUCGUCACUUUCGUGGCGAUGGACAAGGGCUUACGCAUCGCAACCGGCGGUCAAGGAGGUCACGAUCACUCCCAUGGCCAUUCUCACGAGACAGUGGAGCCAUCUGCCAUAGCUAGUGGGGCACAGACAAACGGCUCUAAAGACUCCGCUCGAGCUCGUAAAUCGCAACAGAGUAAUGGAAAGAGCCCAGCUGUCGCUACCCCAGCAGUCGCUACCCCAGCAGUGACUGAACAAGACAAGGAAAUCAACGCCAGCGUGAAGCUUGGAGGAUACUUGAAUCUGAUUGCUGACUUUACCCACAACAUUACCGACGGCCUGGCCAUGAGCUCUUCUUUCUACGCCUCUCCAACAAUCGGUGCCACCACAACCGUCGCUGUCUUCUUUCAUGAGAUUCCGCAUGAGGUUGGAGACUUUGCGCUACUCAUCCAGUCGGGCUUCAGCAAGAAGGCAGCUAUGGGCGCUCAAUUUGUCACUGCUCUCGGAGCGCUUCUCGGCACAUGCUUAGGCAUUGCGAUCCAGGAAUUUGGCGGCAACGCUUCUUCUGCAGAUGAAUCUGCGGGGCCCGGUCUGUGGGGGACCAGCCUGCGAUGGGGCGAUAUGCUCUUGCCUUUCACGGCCGGCACGUUCCUCUAUGUUGGCACUGUAGCAGUCAUCCCUGAGUUGCUAGAGACGGGGCCCAACAAGAGGCAGGAGCUUAAGAAGACCCUCACGCAGUUCGCGGCCAUGUUCACCGGCGCAGGUAUCAUGCUAGCAAUUUCGUGGUCUUGA